UGCUUGUAGACUGUGAGCAGCAGGUUUGUGUGUCUGAUCCUUUUGGAUCUCAAUAAUUCAGGCGGGUGAUUGGAGAAGUGUGCUGUUUUGCAGCGGUAACCAGACACCUGUUUCUUUGUUGUUGGACCUGCUGGCUGGUCCACUGCGUAUGGAAGCGUUUUGUCAUCUCUGCAGGAGUCUUGAUGAGGCUUGUUGACAUUGAAGAUAUGGAGUCCAGACAUCUGAAACAAGCUGUGAAGGCUCUUCUUGGAGAUUACAUCGGCCAGAAACUCCGAGAGAAUUCUUUUGAUCCAAAGGGGACAGAGAGUUCCACCACGCUGGACGACCUGGUUCACGACGACCUCACCAUCCGCGUCGCUCUCUGGUGGUUGGAAGUGGACGAUGGAUGUGAUGUACUCAACGGAGAGAUCAUUUCCAGAUGUCUUCAGUAUCCUGAUUGCUUAGAAUGUGAGGCCGUGAUCUUGUCAGCGUUCGCCAGGCUGAUUCUGGACACCCUUUCAGUUGAGGAAAUCCUGACCCUGUAUAGAUGCAAACCAGCAGCCUCAUUCGUGAGCCAGAACUACAAGAAAAACAAUUUUAACUGCUGGGAUUCCUUCACAACAGCCUCCAUUGCCAGCGCUAUGUCCACAGCCCGCUGGACCUUAAUGCUUCAUCAGUUAAUAGCUCUCUCUGGAUAUUCUCAUUCAUUGAACCACAUCUAUCGCGCAGGGCGUCCUGCAGGCUCGGCUCGUGUACCCGUUCAGUCUGUCACACCAUCCGCUUGCCAUGCUGGGCUCCUACCAUGCCGCGGAGCACUGCAGGAAGCACAGCCAGAAACUGAGACGAUGGCUUUCUGACAGAGAGAAGGGCAGCGCCUCCA